GCAAACGGUCUAUAAUUCUCUCUAUAGUUUCACAGUUACCAGUCGAGACUGAGCCGGGCCCCCUGAACGUUUAAAGAGGAGGAAGUCCAUCCUUAUCCCGUGGUCUUCCUGACGGGGCCGCCGUGAACUUAACUGUCCAAAGAGCGUUUUGAUGGUGGUGGAGAAAAUGCAGUAGAGUACUUUCGCAAACAAGGAAGAAUCUCCUCUCAUGAUGCAUUGGAAAUCAUCUGGUAUCAUGCGGCCAACAGAAAGGCACAAAUGGAAGAGGCACUGAAAAGUGGUGUACAUAUGAUUGAAGCCGAUAUUCUUAUUGGGAGCCAUGGAUCACAUAAAGGAGAGCCAAUCAUGGCACAUCCUCCUGAAACUGACAGUGACAACACAUUGCAUAAUUGGCUGAGUGAAGUACAGCAAUCGGACAAGGGGAUCAAGUUGGAUUUUAAGAGUUUGUCAGCUGUGGAACCUGCUAUGAAAAUGUUAGUAUCAAUGAAGGAUCUUCUCACACGACCGGUUUGGAUCAAUGCAGAUAUUCUUCCCGGACCAAAUGAAAGCAAAGAUUUUUUAUGCAUAGUAACUUCAUACUUGCCACAUGUAACGCUGUCUCUUGGUUGGAAAACUGAUGAGUUGGUUAACCAAACAAAUAUUGUUUACACCUGGGAGAUGGUGAAGGAGAUGGAGCAAAUUUGUCAGACACUCAGUCAACCAGUAACGUUCCCGGUUAGAGCAGCAUUGGUUCGUCCAUCCUGGCCACAGCUGUCUUGGUUGCUGGAGCAGUCAGAAAGAUACAGUCUGACUGUCUGGACAGCAAGAGAAGAUUUGUAUACUGUGGAAGAUAUGCUAUACAUCAGGGAGAAUGUUGACAAAUCCCGAAUCUACUUUGAUCUUUUUGAACCUCAAAACAGUGAAUUGAGACAGGCAGUAAACAUGAAAUUCACAGACCAGAUAUAAUGUUACUUGUAAUGACAUUGCAUUUGUAUAAUGUAUUUGGACAGGACGGAGGAAGAUUUGCAGGAGUCCUUUAAAGGAAAAGGAAGUGGAAAAAUCUAGGGAACAAAUUCCAUUUUUGAGGUAGAGGAGCCUGAAAGAAAGGACAUCAAUGGCAGAGAGUUAAAAUCAGAAGUAAAAGAGACCAGAAUUGGAGGAGUGCUGAGACCUCUACAGAAUUGGAGGACUAUUAAUGAAUAUAUUACUGUUUUAAAUUUGAAAAUUUUGCCUAUUAUUUGUGCAGAAUUGUGUUCGCUGCUGUUAGCACACAGAUGUAGAUGUCAAAAAAAGACAUGGGAAGCAUGGCUGUGGUGCUCCCCACAGCUGAGACUUUGCAACCCCUACAUACAACCAUGGAGAAUGGUCACUUACAUAAUGUACUCGAGACCUGCCAACACAUUAUCUAUCAACUGUGGCUCACUCUGACUCAGAAAUUGCCCUCCAGAGACUUUAGCAUAUACUGCAGGAUGAUAAUUGAGUGCAGUACUGAGAGAGCACUGCCUUGUUGAAAGUAUCAUCCUUUGGAUGAAAUGUGAAGUCAAAACCAUCUGCCUAAUCAGCUGGCCGUGAAACAUUUUGUGGCACUGUUCAAAGAAGAGAAGGAGAGCUCUCUUCUAUUCUACAAGCAUACAAACUUAACAAAUCAGAGCAUAAUUAGACAGACCCUGUUUCUGUCCCCCCACGUCUCCUGCCAAGCAGUGCUGCCAUUUAAUAAGAUUUUAGCUAUUCUGUUGAGAAUUCCACAUUUCUAUCCGCCCUGAAUAAUCUUGGAUUCUGUUGUUUAACAAGAAUCUGAUAACUUCUGUCUUAAAAGUGUGCGAUUUCUCUGCUUUCACUGCCUUUUAAGGCAGAGAGUUCCAAAGUUUCGUAAUCCUCUGAGAGAAAGAAAUUCUUCUCUGUCCUAAAAGGAUGUCCUCCAGGUCUGGAUACAUCCAGAAGAGGAAACAUUGUUUCCACAUCUACCUUUUGAAGUUCUUUAAGAAUCUCUUGCAUUUCAAUCAAGUUACCCCUCACCCUUCUAAAAACCCAUGGAAACAUGCCCAGGCUUUCCAACUAUCUUCUUAACACAAUUCACUCAUUACAGGUAUCAAUCUAGUAAACCACCUAUAAACCACCUCCAAUGUAUUUUGCAUCCAUUCUUAAAAGAAGGAAACCAAAGUUUCGUGAAGUCUCACUAGUUCCCUGUAUAAGUGAAGCAUAACAUCUUUGAUGUUCAAUUCCUGUCCUAAUAAAAGGAUAGCAUUCAUUAACCUUCUUGAUUACAUGCUUUAUCUGCAAACUAAUUUUUGUGUCUCAUGCAGAAGACCCAAAUUGUUAUGCACCUCGGAAUUCUGCAGUCAUUCUGUUUAAAUAAUACUUUGUUUUUUUGUUGUUCUUGCCAAAUUGAACAACUUCACAUUUUCCCACAUUAUAUUUGGUGAAAAUUUAUUCUGCAAUCAAUAUCACUGCAACCAAAUAACUGGUGAUUAUUUCCUCACUGUUUGUAGGAACUUGCUGUGUGGAAAUUGGCUGCCACUUUUUUUAAAACAACAAUUCAUUGGCUGUAAAGUACUUUGUGGAAUGUCUUCAGGUAGUGCAAGGUGCUAAAUAAAUGCAGGGUUUUUUUAUUUCAGUUAAUGUGAAUUCAUAUUAAGAGUUCAUGCCUUCAGAAGAGAAGAGGAAAGAAAAGGAACAAGAUUGGGAAAAAAGUUAGGAAAUAAUCAGCAUUUUUCAGAACUAUUGAAUUUUAGUUGACUUGAUAGUUAUUCUCUGUAAAAUAAUGUUUGCAGUUCUGUACAAACUGAUAUAUGUUGAGUUCACAGUCAGGCAUUUGGCUCACUGGGUGUAGAAAUUGAUCAUGAAAAACUUUGAAGUGAAAAUGCGUCUUGGAGUUAUUUCUGUCUUUCUGAAACAGAGGCCAUAAUCAGAAAUAAUAUCUUGCACGAGAAAUAGGCAGUAACUUCUAAAUGUCACUGAACAAUAAUGGGUUCCAGAAAUAUUUUGAUGGUACUGUCCUUACCGGCCCAUUUUGAAGUCCUGUAGCAUAAUGGUUGUUCCAAGACUAAAAAGUAUAGAAUUUCUGUCACGAUUGGAGGAAGAACUGGGGGCUCAGUAACUUGAACCCUCUUUGCCCAAUGUUUUUGAGCGAUUGCAAAAGAUUUUUUUAAACUGGUUCUUGAAACAUGAGCUUCACUUUUUCAGCAUUUAUUGCUUAUCCCUGACUGCCUUGCGAAGAUAGUAAUGAACCACCUUCUUGAAUCAGUGCACUUUAACUGGUGUUGGUACGCCCACAGUACUGUUAGGGAGGGAGUUCCAGGAUUUUGAUCCCGUGAACAACAAUGUCGUUCCAAUUCAGGAUGGUGUGUGGCUUGGAGGAGAACUACCAGAUAUUAGAAUUCUCAGAGGUGUACUCACUUAAUUUCUAGGUGGUAGAGGUUGUGGGUUUGGCAGGUGUUAAAAAAGCCUUGUUGAGUUGCUGAAGUGCAUCUUGUUGAUCCUGCACACUGCUGCCUCAUGUGCCAGUCAUGGUGAGAGUGAAGAAGGUGAUGGAUGGUGAAUCUGCUCAUCUCAGCUGAAAGCAAUUCAAAAGCGCAUGAGGGUCUGGAAGAGACAAGAGCCUAUUGGUCUGAGGAGACAGAGUACUUAAUAUCAAAGUUAUACAGACGUUAGAUGGAAAUUGUUUUCAAGAUAGACGUUAAGUAUUUGCUUUUGCUUCUAGUUUUAAUUAUUUUCAAAGUUCUGCUGCAACUGAUUAUAACAAAUCAGAAUUUUAUAGCACAAAGUAGGUUAUUUAUUCCACCCAUACUCCCCAUUGAAAAUUUCUCAUCAAUCCCAUUUCCUUGUCUACUCAUUUUUCAUGGACCGAUAAAGAUAUGUUAAAUGAGUUUAAAACAAAAUGUACUUGAAAUUCAUUGAAAUUUGCCAAGGGAUUGACAGGAAACUUUCACCUAACAAGUACAGAAAUAGCUAGUUGCAUCAACAAAUUGAAUGAUUUCAAUUAAAAUACAACUUUCAUUUAAUAAAUGUAGCUCAGAGCCAUGAGUUGGAAAAGUUAUUGCACUGAUGUCAAGAAUUUUUAUCAGAAUAGUUGGUAAAUACCCUACAUAUUGUUGGUCUCAUACUUUGCUUCUAAAUAAAUAUCCCAAAAUUCAAUUGCGAGUGAGAUUCCACAAUUAUUGAACAAAGCAAAGCUAAGAUCUUUUUAUUUCCUCAUGAUUGAUAAGCACUUGAGACCUAGGAGGUUAUUAUUCUGUGCCCAUUGAUGGGGAAUGCUAGCAUUAAAUUGACGAUAGAAAGCAUCACAGCAAAUUCGACAGUUGGACCAUAAAAUAGACACGUUGUUUGCAACUUAACGACUGUCUUUACUGCAUGUAAUGAGUUGUUGUUCAGAACAACAAUCCAAUCUCAUAGGAUGUCAAAUACAAUGCUGAAUCUUAA